AUGCUUGCGGAUCCUUCGAUUUCUCCUAUCAUAUUGUUUAUUGAUGCGGUGGACGAGUGUUUAGAUGAGGAUAAAGACGCAAUAAUCACCCUUUUGGAUGAUAUUGCGGAUAUUCCAGGUGUCAAGCUCUGCAUAUCAAGUCGCAUUCAUCCUGGGGGUCGUAACCCAGAUCUGAUUCUCGACCGGGAAAAUACAGAUGAUAUCGCAGGGUGGGUACGACAGGAGAUGAAGAAACUCCAGAGGAAGUACGAAUAUGACGAGGACGAAAUGUAUCCAAUUACCGAAGCGAUUAUAUCAAACUCUGAGGGCAUUUUCUCGUGGGCCGUACUUAUUGUCCGAAAAAUACAGAUAGGCGCGCGCAAUAGGGACGAGAUCGAAGACUUGCGCAAAAUCAUCGACGAAACCCCAACAACCAUGACUGAUCUUAUACCGAGGAUCUUUGAAAAUAUAUCGAAGUCAAGCGAGGCCCACCUUGAGGAAAGUAGGAGGAUCUUCCGCUUCUUAUAUUUUACCGAGCGGGCCCUGAGCAUUUCCGAAUUCCGUGAUGGUGUGAAUUCCGAUAUACCCCCUCCCUCGGGUGGGAGAACAGUACCGCUCUCUGAGAAGGCUACAAUUCAGGCAGAUGGGCGAUUUGAGCAACGAUUAAUAGCAAGAUCUGGCGGCCUUCUCGAAAGGGGGGUUGGCAGUAACCUCGUGCUCGUAAUCCAUUACUGCGUCAAUGACUUCCUCAUGCCCAAGGGAUUCGGUGUCCUUGGAGUAGAUCUGGCCGGAUCUCCAGACCUAUAUACAGCACAGAGUCACGACUACCUGGCAAGCCUCUGCAUUUCAUAUUUGACGAGAGAGGGUAUGGAGGAGCAGGUAUCUUUGAUUGAGAAAGACAUCCCCCCGGAGAGCGAAUCCGAAGUGGAAAGGAAAAAUUACACACCAGAAGAUUGGAAAUGGAAAUAUCCUUUCCUAAAUUACGCUACCUCAUAUUGGUUAUACCACGCUCGUGAAGCGCAAAAUCUCGGGAUUGACCAAACACACAAUCUCGCGAGUUUCGAUGAGAAGUAUUUCAACCUUUGGAUUAGAAUUGACAACCUUCAAGGUUGCUAUCAAUCAGAUCGAUGGAUCCCCGGGACAUCUAAAUUCCACAUUGCGGUAGAAAAUAACCUACUCGAUUAUGUCAAGGGGCUUGACCUUACAGAAAUGAUAGACACCCCCGGCGGAAGGCAUGGCAAUGCGUUGAGUGCGGCAGUGUUGCUAGGCCAUCAGGAGAUGCUGGAAUACCUCCUUGAGAAAGGGGCGAAUACUGAAGUAAGAUAUCGUUUUACCAACGAAACACCACUUUAUCUAGCAGUGAGCUCCUGGAACGAGUCCUUGGUCAAAGCCCUAUUGAAGGGCGGUGCCAACCCGAACGCUCAGUGUGAUGAAAAUUACACGCCGCUACAUCUGACCAGCAUUAAUGGGGACGAGCAAAUGGGCAGGCUUCUACUUGAUGGGGGAGCUAUCAUAGAUAAAACAUGCGAUGGACUUGAUACUCCUCUUCAUUUUGCAAGUAGGCACGGGAAUAAGGAAUUUGUUCAAAUGCUUAUCGAAAAGCAAGCCGACAUCAACCUCACAAACGCAAAAGGAGACACACCACUCCAUGACGCCUGCUACAAUGGAUAUUCUGAUAUUGUUGGGAUCCUCCUCUCCAAUAAAGCCAAUUGCAAUAUUGUAAAUCUUGACGGAAAUACACCUCUUCAUUGCGCUUGCAUUUCCACCUACGAUGAACCGGAUCCAGAAUAUGUCAAGGACCAAGUCCGUGCCGAUGCUACCUCAGUCAUUCGUACACUUCUCACGCACCCGAAUUCGCUUGGUAUCAAUCCAACAUUGAAGAAUGGGUCAGGGAAAACUCCAUUGGAAUUGGCAGACGAAAUUAGUGCCAUAUAUAUAUACUCUAGUGGAAACUCAUAA